AUGUUAAAUACAAAACAAAAAGAACAUAAGGAAGAAAAACCGCAUCAAAUAUACUAUAAAAUAAAUAAUGAAACUUUAUAUAUAUAUAAUAACAACAUAGAAUAUAAAAAUAAUAAUAAUGAUUCUCUAGAUAUUAAUAAAGAUUCAUCUAUAUUAAAUGAGAUAAAUCCAAUAAACAAGAAUAGGAAUGAAAUAAUUUUAGAUUUAGAUAUUCAAAAAAAAAAAAGAAAAAGAUGUGAGGAAGUGAAGAAGAAAGCUAAUAAUUACAAUGAAAAUUUUGAUGAUUCAGAAAAUAGUAAUGGAAAUAAUUUUAAUUAUAAUAAUGAUAAUAAUAUAAAAAAUAAAAAUGUAAAUGAAACAAAAUAUUUUGAAGAUUAUGAAGAAAUAAAAAUUGAAGAUAAAGUAGAACAACAAAAUAGUAACCUACUGAAAGUCAAUGAAGCACAAAAUAUUUUUGAUGAUUUUUAUACAUUAUCUGAGAGCGAAGAUGAAAAAACUAUUUUAAAUAAAAAUGAACAAAUUAGUGAUGAUGUAUUAAGUGAAAAUGAAUCAGUUGAAUCGACAUCAAACAAUUAUGGGAAAUAUAAAGACAUAAAUCCAGAAGAAUUAAUUUCUUUGUAUGAAAAUGAAAAUAGCAUAAAUGAAAAAGAGCAUGAUAAGGUUAAAUUUGAUGAAUAUUUAGAUCAAAACUAUAAAGGUCAAAUAAUUAUUGAUGGAAAAAAUGAAGUUGAUGAGUUUUUACUUGUUUCAAGAAUAGCUUACUAUGAUUUAGUUAAUAAAAAUCAAGAAGAACAAUCAGAAACGAAACAAAAUAAUUCUGUAAAUUUUUUAAACAAAAAUAAAGAUGAAGGAAAUUGUUCAAGUAACGAAUACUCAGAUUCAGAUGAUUCAGAUGAAGAAAAUGAAAAUUUUAAUUAUCAUUUCAAAAGUAAUGAUAAUGAACAAUCCAUUAAUUCUACUACAUAUUUGUCAAAUGAUGAUAAAUUAAAUGAUAAUAAAAAUAAUGAUAAAAUAAAAACGGAAUUAAAUAAUGACGAAGAUCAAAAAAAUGAGGAAAAAAAUGAAAAACAUGACGAUGAAAAGGAUGAUAUAAAAAAUGUAAUAAAGGAAGAAAUCAAAAAUGAAAUAAAUUACGAGAUAAAAUAUGAAAUAAAAGAUGAAUUAAAAUAUGAAAUAGAAAAUGAAAUUAAAUAUGAAAUAGAAAAUGAAAUAAAAUAUGAAAUAGAAAAUGAAAUAAAGUGUGAAGUAAAUAAUAAAAUAAAGUAUGAGGUUAAAGAUGAAGUAAGAUACAAAAUAAUGAAUGAAAUUAAAGAUGAAAUAAAAAGUGAGAUUAAAAAUGAGAUUAAAAAUGAAAUAAAUUAUGAUAAAAUAAACAGUGAGAAAAACAACUCCUAUUUAAACCAUAGUGAAAAAACAUAUUCAAAAUGUUUAAAAAACUUAAAUGAAGGACAUAUACCAGAAGAAGCUAAAGUAAUAAAAGAAAAUGAAUUUGAUAUAUGUGAAAAUAAAAAAGCAUAUCACAUGUAUAAUCGAAUAAAAUUAAUAGGAGCACCAGAAAGUGUAAAAGAAAAUAUAAAAAUAGAAAAAAUUGGUAAAAUGAUAAAAUUUGAAAAUGAUAUAUUGAUUAUUCAAUCUACUAAUUUUGAAUAUAAUUUAAGUAUUGGUUCAGUUUUAUGUCUAGAAAAUCGUAAGAUAAUUGGUUGUAUUAUUAACUUAAAUUCAAAUGAAACAGAGGUAUUUUAUUAUUCAAAAUUAAUUUUUCCUAAUAUUAAGGAGGAAUUAAAAGAAAACAUAGAUAUUUAUGUUGAUUUAAAACAUGCUUUAUACAUGAAUUUGGGUACAAAUGUGUGCUCAGAAUUAUUUAAUGUGUUAAAAAACCCAUCAAUACCUUACGUUUUUAUUAACUAUAAUGAUUUAUAUAAUAUUGCGGAUACGCAAUUAUGUGAAAAAAAUAAUAAUAAUAAUAAUGAAAUUUCUAACAAAGUGGUUAAUAACAUAUCUGGUUUUAAUGGAAAAAACAAAAAUGUAAAAACUGUUUAUAUAAAUAAAAAUAUAAAAAAAUAUAAUCCCUAUAAUUAUAGAAAUCAUUAUAAAAAAAUUUUAAAAAGCUAUAAUUCACAUAAAUAUAAAAAAGCAAAAACUUUUGUUGAUUCUUCUUAUAAAAAUAUGAGUUAUAAAUUUAAGAAUUUAUCCUAUAAAAACAUAAGUAAUGUUAAUGAAAGCAUUAAUUCAAAUAAUAAUAGUCACAAUAUUUUUAAUAGUAACAUAAAUAAUAAUACAUACAACAGUACAUAUAAUAACUUAAAUACUAUAAAUGGUGUGAAUAAUUUGAAUAACAUAAACAAUUUGAACACUAUGAAUAAUAUAAAUAAUAGCACUACUAUGAACAUUAUGAGUAAUAUAAAUAGUAUUAACAAUGUUAAUAAUUUAAAUAUUGUCAGUAAUUUAAUGAACAAAGGUGUUAAUAAUUUGUCUAUGCAUAAUUCUAAUAUUCAGUGUAAUUAUAAUCAUUCAUAUAUAAACACAAAAUUCAAUAAAAAUUUCAUAGGUAACAAUCAAUUAAGUAUUUUUAGUAACACAAAAGAUAUAUCUAGACUAUCAAAUGAUAUGACAAAUAAUAUUCACAACGUAUAUAAUCAAAGUGUUUACAAAUUUAAGUUAAAUAAUACACUAAAUAAUGCGAACAAAUAUAACUUAACUAAUAAAAUGAAAAAAAAUAUUCUUAAUAAUUUUACAGGAGUUAAUCAAAAUUUUCAUUCUAAUUUAGUAAUUAAUAAUAACAAAAAAUUUAACUCUUUUUUCACACCACAACCAUAUAAUAUAUAUAAUAAGUAUAACCCUAAAAUAUUUAAUGGGAUUAAAUUUAAUAAGAGCGAUUAUUUCACAAAUUUUAAUUCAAACAAUUACAAUAACCAUUUCUAUAAUUAUAGCAAUGUAAAUUCAAAAAAAAAAAUUAUAAAUAUAAAUAAUAUUAAUGAAGGCAAAAAGUAA